CUGGGGGGAGCAUAGAAAGGCCCCCUCCCCUGCGUAUGGGGCACAGCAGCUGUGACUGGCCUGGCCCAUUAUGUCUCCCCUCAGAUUCCGCUCGUCUUUCAUGGUUAUUUUGAAACCACGAAGUGUCUUGGGAACGUCAUGCUGCCUUUGGAGCCAUAUGAAGAAUGAUGGGAAUUAGGGAAUCUGCUCAAUGCCUGGGCGAAUGAGCAUAACCAUGGUUGCAAACAUCAGAAGUAAAAUGUCACGGCUCAGCUCCCUGUUGAUUGCUAGCCAGCAUAUAGUGAAAGGGGCAGGAUAUCAAGAAAGAACCUCGCUUAGAUUGCAGUGGCUUCCACCCUGCUGGGGUCACCUGACUUUUCCAAACGAAAGGCUAUGUUGCCAUCCAUUGCAUUUAUUAUAUUGCAUUCCUCCAGCUGUCUUGCAUUUGUUGCUACUUUAUGAGAAAUGGCCUGUGGUGUUGUAUGUUGCCCUUUUAUGAGCCCUGUUCCCUUUAACAAAACCCAUGCGCCUUCCCCCAGUCUUCAGGUAGUGAUUUAUUCCUUUAUACUUCUUAGUAGUUGGAAGAUGAACAGAAAGCCACACAGUGUAGCCCCUUCAAAGCACACGGGAGCGGGGCUUUGCUGCUUGAGUUUUCUGAGCAGAGCGCGUGAUGCUCUUCUGAAAUGCCUGGGUCGCCCGAGGUGAUGUAAAAAAUAACCAGGAUGUCCACCCUGCAAAUAAAUGAGCGGUCACUCUAUACCUUAUUGCCUCUAGGAUUCCCGAUAGCUAAAAAAGAGGGAUGCGCGCAGCCUUCACUUGCUGCUUCUGAUCGGCUAAAUGGGAGAGCCGCUCUGUCCGGCUCGGUCUCUAUGGUGUCUGCCGAUUAUCGCCCCACGUGGCACGCUGGGAGCCGGAAGUGCCGCUGAGGCUCGGCGGGAGGGAUACCGGCUCUGAUAUUCUCCGAGCGAGAGCUCCUCUUAGCGUGUGCAAAGCGCAUCCUUAGAUCCUGGCGUUCCCAGAGAGGGGCGGGGCACCGGCGCCACAGAGCUUUUCCGUCUUCCUCCCUUCUGCCUGGUGGGUCCUGGGGGAGGGUCGGUGCCUGUUGCGACGAGGCUCUUAGCGGGGAUGCUCGGCCGGGCAGGGGGAGGCAGGAGGAGCCCGCCUCGUGCUGCGGCAGGUCUGGGACCGCUGGACCGUCUCUGUCUUGCUGCCCGCACCACCAUCCCCGGCGGCGGCGGCGGCGGCGGCUGGGAGUUGGAGCCCCGCGACCUCCGGAGGUCCCCGCUAGGGAGUGAGGCAGAUGUCCGUUUCGCCGCCCCAAAGGAUGUGGACCGCCGACGAGGUGGCCGCCCUGUGCUACAGCCACUACGACGCCCGGCUGCCUAAGCAAGGGAAGCCGGCGGCUGGUCGAGAGUGGACUCUGCUGGCGGCGGUGCUGCAGGUGGAGAGCGCAGAAAUAAAGGUGAUUGUUGCCAUGGGAACUGGAACGAAAUGCAUUGGGCAGUCAGAAAUGAGGAAGACUGGAGACAUCCUCAAUGACAGUCAUGCCGAAGUGGUGGCCAAGAGGAGCUUCCAGAGGUACCUCCUACACCAGCUAUGGCUGGCAGCUGUGUGCCAAGAGCCCAGCAUCUUCCAUCCAGGAAUGGAGGAAGGGAAGUGGAUUCUCAAACCACACAUCACCUUUAUUUUUUUCUCCAGCCACACACCUUGUGGGGAUGCUUCAAUUAUCCCAGUCUUGGAAGUGGAAGCACAGCCUUGCCAGCCACUGAAGCCAUCAAAGGCAGCUAAGAGGGGCAUCAGUGACUGUGGGCCUCUGGCAGCUGAAAGGGAGUCUGAAGAGACGGCAGCUGACCAUUUCCCCAAGAGACAGAAAGUCUGUGGUGCUGAGCUCCCUGCUGAGGACCGUGUAGGAACCAAAGUGGUGGAUGUCCACAGGACUGGGGCCAAGUGUGUCCCAGGAGAGGCAGGGGAUUCCCAGCGGCCAGGUGGCGACUACCACACCGUGGGGCUUCUACGGAUCAAGCCAGGCCGUGGAGCCCAGACAGCCUCUAUGUCUUGCAGCGAUAAGCUGUUGCGCUGGAAUGUCCUUGGCUGCCAGGGAGCCCUCCUGAUGCAUUUCCUCCAGCAGCCCAUCUACUUUUCAGCCAUGGUUGUGGGCCGUUGUCCCUACAGCCAGGAGGCCUUGCAGAGGGCCAUCGUUGCAAGGGGUCUGCCUGUUUUGUGUUUGCCAGAUGGCUUCCGAGUUCAGGAGGUGGAAAUCCUGCAGUCCCAGCUGGGCUUCAUCCACAGCCGUGAAGCAGUCCAGGCCAACCAUGCUCUGCACCAAGGGAAGGUGGUGCCCUGCGGGGCAGCUAUCAGCUGGAGUGCUGUUCCGGAGCACCCACUCGAUGUCACUUCACAUGGCUUCAAGCAGGGGUCAACCAAGAAAGUGAUUGGAAGUCCAAAGUCCAGGUCUCAAAUCUGUAAGGUGGAACUAUUUCAUGCAUUCCUGAAGCUGGCGGCCAGCAUUCCACAGGAAAAACUGCCAAAAACUCUCAGAGAGAAGAAAUUAAAGACUUACUGGGAGUAUAAGGAAGCCGCUGCCAGUUAUCAAGAAGCCUGGAAAGCACUGCACAGCCAAGCUUUGGGCUGCUGGGUGAGGAACAGUCGCGAUUACCUGCACUUCACGUGAGAGGAGGAAGUUGCACAUCUGUGACACCUGGCUCAGAGGCAAGACUGCCUCACCUAGGGGGUGGGAUGUUACUGGUCCCUCCUGUGACUGACAUGCAUAGAGCUGCAAUGAUUUAAACUUGCAAGAUUAAAAUUUCUGAAACUUCUUUUUAAACCACCAAGACUCUUACAUACUUAGCCACCCCCAUCAUUUGCAUUUUAACAAAAGGGCAUACUAAAACAAGGUAGCAGCCCAUGAACCCUGUUACUUAAUUGUCGCAGCAUGGUCUUUUCUGUUUUUGUCUUUAUGUAACAGGCUGAGAUUGCAAACAGCUCUUGCAAAUCUAUUGUUAAUUAAGUGUAGUAGACAAAAAGUGGGAUCUCCAAUUGUGUAAUGUUAGACCUUGAUAUGAUUUGCAGUUCUGGUACUUGAUAUGAAUAAUUUUAAUUGUAUACCCAUUUUAAGAAGGUAUUAUUUAGGCUUUUGUUGAUGGAAGUUUUAGAAACGUAUUGAGUACAGUAAGCCUGCAAAUUAUGCACAUUUAAUUUGUGUGCAUUCAGCUUUAUGCACUUUGCAAUUUUUAAAAAAAGAGACUUUGGCAAUCCCCACCCACUAUUGCACCCAAUGUUUUGAUUGUACAGGAUUUUUGGCUUUAGGUGUGAUUCCUGGAACAUAACCCCAGCAUAGAUUGCGGUCUUACUGUAUAGGACAGAUUGAAAUUGACUCUUGUAUGCUGGUUGUUUGAACAUAAAUGCUUAGAGCAGGGGUUAUCAAUGUGCCCUCAGAUGUUGCUGGACCAAUCCAGUCAUCCUUUACCACUGACCAUGUAGUAGUGCAACAAUCUGGAGCAUACCAUGUUUGUUUUCUCUGGCUCAAGAGCCUAGUGCUGUUAAAACAAGCUAUUUAGGAGUUGUUCUACUAAAGCAAGCUAGGCUACUUUGUAUAGUAAACAAUUCCAUUUAGCUUUAUCAGCUUUUAGAGAAUUUUGAGGUCAGCACAGCAACUGUCUAAACUGGAUUGUGAUGAUGAAUGCAUUAUUGAAAAUGUAUCCUGUGAUAACAAUAGAUUACACAGCUGUGUUUUAGUAUGGCUCAGAGGUGAGUGUACUUGAUAGACCUGUGCAACAAAGGCACCAGGGGAUGAACACCAAGGAGAGGAAGUCCAUUGCUGCUGCAGGAGGGGGAAGGAGGCCAGCUCACUCCUCAAAGAUUUAAAGAGCCGCCUGAUUGUUCUCAUGAGUGCCAACAUAUUACUGCAUAGGAUUUUGCGGCCAGCCAUCAUUGUAAAUGCAGCCUUGGGGGAGGUGAAUGUCACAGGGCUUGUGAAACUUCCUGAUGCCCAUCCUGCUUAUUCACUGAAAACCUAUGUACUUAAUUGAUACAAUCUGCCAUAGUUGGCUGCCUCUUUGUUAAUUAUAAACAAGGUACCCACAAAGCCAGAUAACUAAGAACAUGUGAUGUAAUGCUAGUUUUCAUGACAUCAUUAAGGUGUGCUUCGAACAGAACUGGCUACAUCUGGCAUCUACCUGCUUUUUGGGUGUGGAGAGCAAAUAUGCCCACCUCCAUGACUGUAGCUGGAUCUAUCUGUCUUUACUCUGAAUACUAGCAAUACAACAUGGUUAUUGAUUAGCCCUUGUAAAGCUUGACCUCGUAAGACUGUGUGUUAGAAAGUGAAGCUGAAGUAACAUAGAACCGAAACAUAUUUGUGAGAGGAAUUUUAAUCAGUUUCCUCUAGCAAAAUUCAUCAAGAGGAAGACACUAGCCAAAAUCAACAUAUUAGCAUCUUGAGACUGUUUGGAACAAUCUAAAAGCGCCCUUACUAUGAAACUGUAAUAAUUAAUAAUUAGUCAAACCUUCAUUUCAAAAUCCCCCUCCCCCCAUCACUUUAGUCCCUCAACUACCUUGCUUCAGUAUUUAAAUAAUGUCAGUAUAUGUGUCCCAGAGGAGAGAGACUAUGGAAUUUACAGCUAUGAGUACAAUGUGCAAUGGGGAAAUAAAACUUUCAUAAAUUA